AUGUCUUGCAACCUUUCAACCUCGCUCGGCGAGCACACACCGGGACAGCCACACAAAACAAAAGAAGGCACAUAUCCCAGCACCACAGGCACACGCCUUGAGGGAUAUUUGAACAGCCAUGGAAUCAUUAGAUGGAAGGAUGUCACCUUUGGUCGAUCAUGGAAUGGACUCCACUACACCUAUGGGAGAGAGGCUUGGGGGUACACACAGAGAAUAUGGGAUGAGGAGGAUGGAUAUUGCAAUGUAUGCAGGAUUUGGGAGCAGUCCGUUGAAUUCCAAAACUAG